GUGGUGCAGCAGAUGGGGCUGCUUCACCCUUGACUAGAGGUCGAGGGUUCGACCCUGGGUAUGGAGAAAAUUAAGUUGGGAGCGUUGUCACCUUAAUGGGCCCUGCAACGCACGAUCCGAACUAGUCGAGGCUCCAAUGCAGGCACCGGGACACCGGAGGGAAAAAAAAAUCAAGGGGUGAUAAAAAUAAGGUAAAGUUUAGUAAUAAAUAACCUAUAGUUUGGGGGUUGGGUAGGGGUUGUUUAGCCAUUAACUCUAUUAUUUCAUUUCCUUUUGUCUAUAGAAGUGUAUCCAUAUAUGCAAGAAAAUGUCAAACAGCAGCAUAUAUUGCAUAUAUUUGUUAAAUUAAUUAUGGCUUUUGCAUUACCAUCAUCACUUGUUUCAGUUUUUGACAAAUCUUUUAUCAAACCUUCCUCUCUUACCCCUUCUACACAGAGAUUUCACAAGCUAUCCUUUGUGGAUCAAUCCCUCAGUAAUAUGUAUAUCCCUUUUGCAUUUUUUUACCCUAAAGUACAACAAAGACAAGAGUCCAAAAAUUCUGAUGAGCUUUCCCAGAUAGCCCACUUGCUACAAACAUCUCUAUCACAAACUCUAGUCUCUUACUAUCCUUACGCUGGAAAAUUGAGAGAUAACGCUACUGUUGAUUGUAACGAUAUGGGAGCUGAGUUCUUGAGUGUUCGAAUAAAAUGUUCCAUGUCUGAAAUUCUUGAUCAUCCUCGUGCUGCUCAUGCAGAGGGCAUAGUUUUUCCCAAGGAUUUGCCUUGGGCAAAUAAUUAUGAAGGUGGUAAUUUGCUUGUAGUUCAAGUAAGUAAGUUUGAUUGUGGAGGAAUAGCCAUUAGUAUAUGCUUUUCACACAAGAUCGGUGAUGGUUGCUCUCUACUUAAUUUCCUUAAUGAUUGGUCUAGCGUUACUCGUGAUCAUAUGACGACAACGACUCUAAUUCCUUCUCCUAGGUUUAUAGGAGAUUCAAUUUUCUCUACACAAAAAUAUGGCCCUCUUAUUACGCCACAAAUAGUGUCCGAUCUUAGUGAAUGCGUACAGAAAAGAUUCAUUUUUCCUACAGACAAGUUAGAUGCACUUCGAGCUAAGGUGGCAGUAGAAUCAGGAGUAGAAAAUCCAACAAGGGCAGAAGUUGUUAGCGCUCUUCUUUUCAAAUAUGCAACAAAGGCAUCAUCAUCAAUGCUACCAUCAAAGUUGGUUCACUUCUUAAACAUACGUACAAUGAUCAAACCUCGUCUACCCCGAAAUACCAUUGGAAAUAUCUUGUCCAUGUUCUCCACAGCAGCAACUAACGAGCAGGACAUUGAGUUGCCAAGUUUGGUUCGUAAUUUGAGGAAGGAAGUUGAGGUGGCGUACAAGAAAGACCAAGUCGAACAAAAUGAACUGAUCCUAGAAGUAGUAGAAUCCAUAAGAAAAGGUAAAAUGCCUUUUGAAAAUAAGGAUGGAUAUCAUGAGAAUGUUUAUAUUUGCAGUAAUCUUUGCAAAUACCCAUACGACACUGUAGAUUUUGGAUGGGGAAGACCUGAAAGUGUGUGUAUAGCAAAUGGUCCCUUCAAGAAUGCCUUCUUCUUGAAAGAUUACAAAGCUGGGCGAGGUGUGGAGGCGCGGGUGAUGUUGCACAAGCAACAAAUGUCUGAAUUUGAACGCAAUGAGGAACUCUUUGAAUUUAUUGCCUAAUUAAUUCCAAGUUUGGGAGUAACUGGAUGUUUGAUUGAAGAGGGAUUUUACCAAAUAAAGGUAGGAAUAAUUUGUAAUUGUUGUGUGUUUCAUCAAUAUAAUUUCAACGGAAGUUUACGGUCAA